CGGAAGUGAGAGGUUUGUUUGCCACAGCCGCCUCCUUGUACGUUGCAGUCGGUCGUACACGGCUUCAUCAGUUUACGACGUAGGCCGAAUUUUGUACGUGACGCAGAACGCGUUGUCGUCAUGCUUCCCGCUACUGCGGUGUAUUAUUUCCCGUGGGAAGUCAAGCCUGGAGCGUUUCACGAUGGAGAGUCUGUGCGAACAUUUGGCAGACUCACCUGCUAUGAGCCGGAGAAGUCCCAGGCUUCACUCACAACUCAUCAUGCUUCCAAAGACCACCAUGUAGUCAUCCACACCUCCUUUGUGGAACCAUUUAAUCCCAUAAUUGGAGCCCAGUAUGUAGUUCUGGGUGAAAUACAAACAGCCGAAGGGGUUGACAUGAGGGUCUGUGCACGUGUGCUUAACUGCGUGGAUGGUGUAAACAUUGUCCUUCUGCAAAAAGCCAUCAAUGAGCAGAGGAGCUUCUUCCGGGAAAGGCAGUGCCAACUGGAGGGUGCUGCUGUGACUUGAUCUUGGACAUGCUCGUGGAUUGCUGACAAUGUUGACAUUUAAAUUAAACGACCGCGAAUACGAACUUGCUUGGUCGGUGAUGACUUCAUUGAUAUUCUGAAUUCCUGUCCACAAUACAGUGCAGGUCAUUUAACUCAAAGAAAAGAGUGCCUUUCAUUACAGUUUGCCACUGUGCGUUUCCUGUUUAUAUAAAGGUGUAAUACUGUU